UUGACCACAAGCUGCAGCACGAAACAUGGCGGAUGCCGGGAGUAAACGUGAAGCUGAUGGUGCUGGAUCUGAUGAAUUGUCUCAGAGAGUCAAGAGGGUCAAAACUGAUAGUGAAAAUGGAGCAGGAGAUGUUAAGGAACAUGAGUCUGAAAAGAUUCUGUCUGAGUUUACAACAACCAGCGUCUUGAGUGAUUCUGCCCGGGAGAAAAACAUCUUCAUCCACGGAAAGCUUGCAGAUCAGGAGGCUGUGGUGAUCCUGGAGAAGACUCCCAUCAGAGAGGACACCCUGGUUGAGCUCUUCAGUGGUUCCAAGCUGAAACUGGAGAUGAGGAACGACAUCUACAGCACAUAUUGGCUACAGGCCCCCCCUCAGCUCAACGAGAUUAAGACCACAGUCGUGUGUCCAGCCACAGAGAAGCAUGUAAAGAAAUACCAGCGUCAGGAGAGCUUCCUGGUGGAGGAGACGGGGAAGGACUACCAGUCCAUCACUUUGCCCUACAUUCAGAAGCAGAGUUUCAGUGUGCAGUGGGUACACAACAUCCUGGAGAAGAAGGCAGAGGCUGACAGGAUAGUUUAUGAAGAUCCUGACCCAGUAGUUGGCUUUGUCCUUCUUCCAGAUUUCAAAUGGGACCAGAAACAGGUUGAUAAUUUAUACCUGAUUGCCAUAGCACAUCAGAGAGACAUCAAGAGUCUCAGAGACCUGACGUCAAAGCAUCUACCACUGCUGCAGAACAUCUUCCACAAAGGAAAGGAGGCCAUCCUGCAGCGCUACAACCUUCCAGCCAGUAAGCUGAGAGUCUACCUGCACUACCAACCGUCGUAUUACCACCUCCAUGUCCACUUCACCAAGCUGGGCUAUGAAGCGCCGGGCUGCGGCGUGGAGAGGGCCCACCUCCUCGCAGACGUUAUCCAAAACCUCCAGUCUGACGCCCAGUUCUACAAAACCCGGACCCUGUACUUCCCCCUGAGGGCAGAUGACGGACUGCUGAGCAAGUUCAAAGAGGCGGGGAGGCUGUAACGUACAGUCUCAUGUAGAUUCCCAUCCAGUGUUUUUUUUGAUAGUGUCAGACCAGGUCCAAUAACCUUUGUGUUUUUUUUAUCUGAUUGGUUAACAAAUGGCUGUUUCCUCUGUCCACAGUAACACUGCUGGCCAGUCAGCUUACCCUACUGUCAGUGUCUGUGUGUACAGAUUGGUUGUUUGUUACAAAUAUCAUCUCUCUGAAAGAGAUUUUUCUAUCAGUGUCAAUUCAUAACUCAGGUUUGUAGUAUAAUCCAGAACAUAAAUAAUUGGAGUAUUUCACACAUUGAUAAUGCUGCGUUCACAUGGAAUCCAGCAGACGGUAAAUGGUUAACCAGAUAUCACCUUAGUGGAUGAGAGCAUGACGGUAAAAUUAGGUGAGGCCAGCAGGGAAUAAGGGCAACUGUAACGCCAGACAGCAUUGCCCUUCAAAGUUAAAAUAUAUUAACUUGAUGCUGUCCUCCAUCACAGAAUGUACACGCAGACAUUACAUAGCUCCUUCAGACGAACAGAAAACACAGGCCACCUAGGCAAUUCCUGGAUGUUGCUAGAAAAACAACAUAAAAUAACAGACAAACAAUUUUAUUUUGUGUAUUUUAUUCUAUUUUUUGUAAACAAUAAAGCAUUACCAUGGCAACAUAUUGUCAUGUUUCCCUUUUACCGUCCUGCCACUCUGUUAGACUCUUUGUUUUUCCUGUGCUGUCCGUCUGCUGUCUACCCUCUUAAUAUUUUAUACAUAUUUGGAUACAUCAUUUGUACGUUUGACUUUAAUCCCUUAUGAAGGUGUUGACAUGAGUCAGGCUCUGUUUUCAUGUUUUUCAGAUGUUUUCUACAUAAGUGAAUUAAAGAGUUUUUUUUUUUUU